GUAUCCUUUGCGCCCUGUGUAUCGGGCGUAUGGCGAUCAGGGUUAUCUUGAGGGGGUGGAGCUGCGAGAUGACCAGAAGAAGUUGAGGCUGCGAUAUAAACUCAAUGAUGACUCGGAGACGUUCGAUCAAACUGCCACACAUAGCUCUAUGAGAGAGCAAAUACUGAUGGCGAAAACAGUCACGAACAAGUCUU